AUGGUCCAGAUCAAGCGCGUCCAGGAGACCGGGGCGUCAGACCCCAUCCUGACGCGCAUCUCGGAGGAGGACAAGGUGCCGUGGUACCAGAAGCCAAACCUGCGAUACCUCUACCUCAUGCUCUUCCCCACCUGCAUGGGCAUCGAGCUGACAUCCGGAUUCGACUCGCAAAUGAUCAACGCGCUGCAAAUCGUGCCUUCCUGGGUCGAGUACUUUGGCCAUCCGGCGGGCAGCUUGAAGGGCAUCAUCGCCGCCGCGUACUCUCUCGGCGCCAUCCUCUCUCUGCCCUUCAUUCCCAUCGUAAACGACAAGUUUGGACGACGAUGGUCCAUAUUUGGCGGCAGCUUGAUCAUGGUUCUUGGCGCGCUCAUCCAGGGUUUCUCUCAGCACGUCGCCAUGUACAUCGUUGCCCGUAUGAUCCUCGGCUUCGGCAUCCCGACCUGUAUCGUCUCUGGCUCGUCUUUAAUCGGUGAGCUCAGUUACCCAAAGGAGCGUCCGGUUCUCACGUCUCUUUUCAACGUUGCCUACUUUGUUGGUCAGAUCGCAGCCGCAGGUAUCUGCUUCGGUACCAACAACAUCCAGAGUGAUUGGGCAUGGCGCAUUCCGUCCCUCCUCCAGAUCUGCCCCUCUCUUUUGCAGAUCUGCUUCGUCUUUUUCCUUCCCGAGAGCCCCCGUUGGCUCAUCACCAAGGACCGCAGCGAAGAGGCCAACGAGAUCCUGACCAAGUAUCACGCUGAGGGCGACCGCGACUCCGAUUUCGUCAAAGCCGAGAUGGUUCAGAUGAAGACAGUCAUCACCCUCGAGAUGGAGGCCUCAAAGCAAUCGUGGAUGGACCUUCUCAACACCGCCGGUAUGCGCCGCCGUGCUCUCAUCACCGCGAUGCUGGGUCUCUUCACCCAGUGGUCCGGUAACACGCUCAUCUCAUACUACCUUGGUGACCUGCUCUCGAUGGUUGGCUUGACAGACUCUGUGGUCAAGUCGAAGAUCAACCUUGGCAUCGCCGGAUGGUCCCUCGUCUGCGCCUUCACCGUGGCAAUGCUCGUCCGGACCUUUCGCCGCCGCGUUAUGUACCUUGCCUGCACGAUUUCACUGCUUGUGUGCUACAUCGCCUGGACCAUCUCUAUGGAACGCGCUGUGCACGCCCUCGACCAUGAUUAUACUAACAAGAGUGCGUCCAUCGCGACAAUCUUCUUCAUCUUCAUGUACUCCCCAUGCUACAACAUCGGCUACAACGCCCUGACGUACACCUACCUCGUCGAACUAUGGCCCUACGCGCUGCGCUCGCGCGGUAUCUCGCUCUUCCAGUUGUUUGGGAGACUGGCAGCCUUCUUCACGACAUUCGUCAACCCCAUCGGCCUCGAAAACUCGUCGUGGCGCUACCUCAUCAGCUACUGCUGCUGGCUCGCCUUCGAGGUGGUGUUUGUGUACUUCAUGUUCCCCGAGACUGCGGGACGUACUCUCGAGGAGUUGGCUUUCUUGUUCGAGGACAAGGCUCUCGCCGACCAGGCUGUCGGUGCCGUUGAGAAGGCCAUCCACCACGAGGAUAUGGACCCCGUUGGCGAGGUCAAGAGCGGGAAUGGCAAGACGGAAGUUGUGGAAGACGUUGGUACCAGGUCCAAGGUCUAA